AUGGGUCUGCUGCUCUCCGGUGCUUCGUGCUUCAUGGCGCCCGAGCGGAUCGAGCCCACGGACCCGGACGCGCGUUCGAGCGCGAACGACCCGGUGCGGAAGUUGGUGCACGCCAUCCGGGACCGCGCCAGCAGCCCGGCGCGGAUCAGCGCGGCGGCGGCGGAGCUGAGGGAGAAGCAUCUGGUGCAGGAUCCGGGCACUUACCGCCUGGUGCUGAACACUCUGACCAAGAGGAGCGCCUGGAGAGAGGCGUUGGCCACCUGGGACGAGAUGCGGUGGAUCGGCAGCGAGUUGGAGGAGCCGGACUUCGUGCUUGCCAUGAAAGCUUUUACUCGCGGCGACCGCUGGCAGGAGGCGGUGGCGCUCUUUGCAGAGCUCUUGGGCAAGGAGCCGAUGCACCUCUCCGAAGGCAGGCACCGUGAGGCUUUGGCCCCGGACUGCCGGGCCUACACCACAGCCAUCGACGCCUGCCGUCGCGUGGGCGCCUGGCCACAGGCUGUCCAGCUUCUCGCGGACAUGGAAAACCUGACAGUCACGCCCGACGUGGUGGCGUACAACGCGGUGAUGUCGGCCUGCGAGAAGGGCCGCGACCUGCCGGCGGCGGAGCGCAUCAUGGAGGAGAUCCAGUUCUGGGAGCUGAUCCCAGACACUGUGACCUACAACACGCUGAUCGGCGCCUGUGGCUGGGGUCAACAGUGGGAGAAGGCCUUGUACUACCUCAGAACCAUUCAGCGCACCUACUUUGACUACGACCUGAUCUCUUACACUGCGUGUGGCUUCCACGUGAGCACUCGCCCGGCCGCCCUGCUCCAGUUCUUGGCUCGAGGGGUGGCCGAAGGCCACCUGGGUGUGUCUCGUGGUGCCCCGUUGGAAGCGCAGAUGGCUGAAAGCCGCUUCAGCUGGUCGAGCCUCAUAUCCUCGCCCGCCGCCACGCCUGCCACCCCAUCGCGCAGCCCCCGACGGAACCACUUCGAGCCGCCGCCGGUGAACCCGUUGAAGGCCUGCAGCUGUUGCUCUGCGAGCCGGUCAAGCGGCUCGCGGGUGAAGGUGGCCGAGCGGAGGACACCCAGCCAGGAGGCCCAGCUCCCACAGACCUCCGCCGCCGCCGCAAACACGGUGUACGUGCCGGAGCGCUUCUCCACGGAGGGGUGCCUCGAGGCGAUGCUGCGCCACUGGGAGCAGGUCCACUUCAACGAGGCGAUGCCUUCACUGACCCGCGGGGAGAAGGAGGAAGGCAGCGCCGUCAGCGCGACCCGGGAGUGGUAUGAGGAGACCUGCCUGGCCAUGGGGCAGAUGGGUGCAGUCCACCACAGCUUGACGGGAGUGUGGCUGGGCGCCUUUGCGCGGCGGCAGCGAUACGAAGAGCUGCAAAGCUGCUGGGCCUAG